AUGGCUAAGAACGAUAUCGAUAUUCAACCACCAACCCUCGAUCCAAAAGUUACCGGCCCAAGUACUCCUGUCCCUGUAUACGUACCGGAAUAUCCUUUGGUUGGGGAAACCGAGAUUCCAAAAUUCCUCAGCGCUCAACUUCUUACUCAAGAUUUAAACGAAAUCUCCCCAUGGCUAUUGCUCUUCCAAACGCCAAGCUCCAAUAUCUCGCCCCUUCAUCAUCAAAUUGUCCGUCAACGGGAGAUUGUAAUAACAGAAAAGAUGGGGUUGCAUCUACUCUGGCACAAAAACAGAAUUUUUAUUAAGCCGUUGCCUUCGUAUCUUCUUGACGAUAAGUUCCGAGAAAAGUAUGUGGAUAGUGACCCAAGCCUAAAAUUAGCUGUUGGCGGGUUCCUUCAUUCAUAUACAUGCUUGAUUCAAAGUCCAUCCGACAUGGAUAUCGCCGUCGAAAAAAAGCUACUGCCAAAAGGGGCGAUCAAUGAACCGGAUAAACUUUUCACGCUUUUGAAGCGUUAUAAAGGGCUACCGGAUGAAAUGAUGUCCCCUCGAUUCCAGUACGGCGAACUUCAACUCAGCAGGAUAAACUUCUUCAUCAAGAUAUUCCGCCUCCAGCCAGGUUACCAUGAGGUUCAUGGCCAAUAUAGAACUUAUUUCGGCCGCUUUAUGGGACCAUUCCUCUUCAUUUUUGGAACAGUCAGUGUAAUUCUAUCUGCCAUGCAGGUUAUUCUAGCAGCUACGCAAGAUUAUUCCGCCUCGCGGACUUCGCCACGUUUAUUCGAAAUCUUCUCGAAAUGGUUUUCCGUAAUUUGUAUUGGAAUUGUUGUCGCUAUGAUCUUUAUGUUAGGCGCGUUGUUCAUCGGUAUGGCGUUUCAUCAGGGUGCAUUUGUUCUGAUUCACGGAAUAAGUAGAUGGGGAAGGAAGUGUAAGAGAGAGCUGCACGGUGCUUGA